AUGUUGUUAGUGGAUGUACGUAAGAAAGAACUCGCGGUAGUACAACAGCCCAACCCCAUCUCAGGCCGUGAUUGCGGAGCGAUUGGGCCAGCAAGAAGAAUACAUGGGAGGCUACGGGAGAUAUCUUCCACAUGCGGCUGCAAGGCUUUUACCAAUAACAGGACUGCUCGGUUAGGUUCAGGGGGAAGCAGGGUUGGCAAGCAAUCCGUGGGUGAGCGGUCCAUUUCUGGUUUGCAAGCCCGAAACCGGCGAUAUUUUGGAAAGAACGUUGCAUCAGACCUUGAGUCUAUAUGUGUACCUUGGAAGCAAGUGUCUCAAAGCACGCAGAACAUCGUUGGGAAAGUGGGCGAGGCCUCCUUCGUUCCUUUGAUGAAGACUUGCUUAACCAUCAUCGAUGACAAACAAGUCACAAUACAAGCCUGCCGGUCACUUACAUCGCAAAGCUGUUUCGGCAAGCAAGCGCGAUGA